UCUUCGAGUUCUUCUUGGAAGCCAUACGCUAGGUUAAAUUAUCAUUUUGGUUGGUCUGCUAAUAAAAACUGCAAAUUGAUGAAGCUGGUGUAUAAAAAUAAAAGUUACUAGAAAGUUUGCUAAAUAUAGAGUGGUGUAAUUUUGUGACCCGUGAAAAUGGAAGUUUUUCAAACUGAUAAUUAUUACAUUUUCGUGAAACGCGAAAAAAGUCUGUGGUGGCAUCGGAAAACCUCUGAGUUUACAAUUAAAGCAGGCUGGGACUUGUCCUCAGUGGAUGACAUCGAGUGUAUCGGCAUUACACAUGGCAUUGUUGGUGUCAUCAGCUUACCAAAUGUCUACGAAUCGCACUUGGUGAUUGUGAAGGAGGCCACGCCCGUCGGUGUACUUUAUGCUCCAAGUUUAGUGUAUAAAAUCAAAUCGAUUUGCAUUUUGAGCUCUGACGAACCGGACACAGUAUUAACUUCUUGCACAAGGCAUUCUAGAAGUGCAAAUAGCACGCCUACACACCGGCCAACAUCGAAUACUUCCACUAUAAGCAGCACCAACAAAACAUCCACUUCCACUACGAAAACGAAGCUGUUUGAAGGUGCACAGCUGAUGAACAAAACAUGGGGCGCUGUAAAGAAUGCGGGUAACACUAUUAAGAAUACCACCCAGCAAGCUGCGGCUUUGGCGUCUAAUCAGAUGAAGUCUUCUGUGGGUAUACGUGAUCCUUCGCGUAUUGAAAAGCGCAUCACCGAAGAGCUGCAUAAGAUAUUUGAUGAUACAGAUAGUUUCUACUUCAGUUUGGACAGCGACAUCACCAAUAAUUUGCAGCGACAAAGUGCUGGCGGUGAACAAAGGCAACAAAGUGAUGAACGUUUCUUUUGGAAUAUGCAUAUGAUUGCUGGGAUCUUGAAGUUCAAGGACAAUACAUGGAUAUUGCCAGUUAUACAAGGAUUCGUGCAGGUGGAACCUUGCGUGAUAGGUAAUGAAUGCUUUACAUUAGCGCUGGUAUCGCGCAGGUCACGAUAUCGCGCUGGCACUAGAUAUAAGCGACGUGGCGUCGACGAGGAGGGUAAUUGCGCCAAUUAUGUCGAAACGGAGCAAAUAUUAUCUUUUCGCCACCAUCAUUUGUCAUUCACACAGGUACGUGGUUCAGUGCCCAUCUUUUGGAGUCAGCCAGGUUACAAAUAUCGACCUCCGCCACGUUUGGACAGGGGUGAACAAGAAACGCAGGAGGCAUUCGAAUUGCAUUUCACAAAAGAAAUUUCAUUGUAUGAUGGUGUUUGCAUUGUCAAUUUGGUUGAGCAGAGCGGUAAGGAGAAAUUGAUUGGAGACACGUAUGCAAAGCAUGUCGUGUUAUACAAUAAUGAUCGUUUGACAUAUGUUACUUUUGAUUUCCACGAUUACUGCCGCGGCAUGCGUUUUGAAAAUGUUUCUGCGCUCGUGGAAGCACUUGCUCCCGAAGCAGGCGCAAUGGGUUUUCAUUGGCGUGAUCAGCGUGGUGUUAUUUGUAAUCAAAAAUCAGUAUUUCGGGUUAAUUGUAUGGAUUGUUUGGAUCGCACAAAUGUUGUAGAGACGGCAAUAGGCAAGGCUGUGCUGGAAUCUCAACUGGUUAAGUUGGGCUUAUCGCCACCAUAUACACCGAUACCGGAACAAUUAAAAUCACCAUUUAUGAUACUUUGGGCCAACAAUGGUGAUAUAAUAAGCCGACAAUAUGCGGGAACAAAUGCGCUAAAGGGCGAUUAUACGCGCACCGGCGAGCGUAAAAUAAGUGGCAUGAUGAAGGACGGGAUGAAUUCGGCAAAUCGUUUCUUCAUUCAAAAUUUCGCUGAUUCCUUCCGGCAAUGCAUAAUUGAUUUAAUGCAAGGCAAGCUGGUCGAAGCUGAUCAAUUGAAAGAGGAUGAAGUUAUGAAGACAAUAUUAUGUAUUCUCUGCUCGUCUGCCCCGGCGCCUACACACGGUUACUAUCACGCCGGUGUGCUUGGUCCGGAAUUGCAUUUUCUGGAAAAUAUCGUUAACGCAAGUUAUUAUCUCGCGCGUUUUAAAGAUUCCUAUCGUCAAGCCACCAUCGAUCUCAUGCUCGGAAAUCAAGUUUCCGCCGAGUCAUUGAAUGCGUUAGGCGGUCAGACUGUACCUGACGAAACCGACGCUUUAGAGGGUGCAGAGCAAGCAAAAUUGCUCGUAGAUGAUUGUCGUCGUUUGUUGCUUGGUUCCGCGCAAUAUCCUGUGGGGUCGUGGGGUCUCAUCGAUGCUGAUCCAACUACUGGUGACCUCAACGAAACCGAUGUGGAUACUGUGUUGUUGCUCACCGAUGAUUGCUACAUUGUAGCCGAGUAUGAUUCACACUUGGAUAAGAUUGUGCGUUUCGAAAAAGUGCAGUUACAGAAUAUCACGCUAAUAGAGUUGGGCAUGUAUCAGCAAACGAAAUUGUUUCAAGGCUCUGCGCCAGCUUUGCUCUGUUUAAGGCUCAACUAUACUGUCGACGGCGUGGACGGAUAUUUCCACAUGUUUCGUUCAGCGAAUAUACGAUUCUUUAAUAAUAUGGUUUAUGUGAUUAAAACGCAGGAAGAAGUUAUGGAAUCUCUUAUGUCCAUUGUUGACAUGUUCCGCAUUGCCAUUGACAAUAUAGGCAAGUCUGAUGUUCAAUACAUCACUGGGGGUGUUUUGCAGCGUCGAAAAAGUAGAAAUCCCAUGCUAGAAGCACCAAAGGGCAUGCCGCGCAAUCUCUCCGAAUCUCAACUCGUACAAAUCAGUUCGAAAGCAAUAUUUAAUGUUGCUGGUCAAUUUUCCAAAUUGGGACAGUCACUUAAUCCGAAUAAAAACAGAAAUCCCAAUACAAGCAGCAACAAUCAGAAACAGGCAAAUGAAAUAGCCAAAAUAAAUCCACAGGUCAUGCGUCAGUCACAAACUUCAAUAGAACAUGCCGUGGAAGCUGAGAAAGCUACGUUUUCUGUGGGUCGUACGGAGCGCAAUUCCCACAGUAGCACAGACAGCGAUGAGAACGACAGCAGUAUUUAUGAGCCCGAAGUUGAUUCGGAUGUAGACUUCGCACUCGCUGCAACUAAUAAGGCUGGUUCUGGAAAGUCGGGUUUUACUGAAAACGACUUUUUGCCCUCCGUUGGAAUUGUCAUGGGAAAUACACAAGAUGAACAGUCGCCUUCAUCGGGUGAGAAGUUGGAUCGGUUGGUGCAGAGGGAUAGCAUGGCCAAAAAUAGUGAAGAUGUCAACGCCAUUUCGAUAUCGUCGGUAACGGAUCACGUUACUAUGCCAACGGGAUUGUUGGAGAAUGCGCAACCGGUGCGUCCAAUAACGCCAAAUCCGCAAAUCUGUGUACAACCUGAAAUAGAGCAGUCAACAAUGCAACGUGCCAGUGGAGUAGCCAAAGACCUCAACCUACCGCUGAGUAGUACCCCGGCGGCCGAUUCUAGUAAACUAAUGCAAUUGGCAAGCCCGUUAUCGCGCACAAUAGUGGUUAGUCCUUUGUCCAAAUUGGCGAAAGGUAUGCAAAAUAUUGGCUUGAAUUUGGAUCCUCGAAAAAUUGCGUCAAAGACAGGUGUAUUGUCACCAACAUCAGCUGACUACACGCCGCCAUCGGAACGACAAAAUAGUCGCGYUCAAUUGCAGGAGCUAUGGGCGGAGCAUCAAUGCGCUACCAAGCUGAUUGCAUUGUAAAGGGAAAUAUUAAAUAAAAGGGAAUAUUUUAUAGUUCUUAAGUUAUGUAUAUAUAUAUAUAUAUAUAUACAUAUAGUACAAUAUAUAAACACAUUUUGAACUGGACAAAGUGCGUUAGGGCAACACAAUAAUGACUUUGAUGGGAGCAUACCUUAAAAAUUAACAAUUGAGGAAUUUUGCAGUAUUGACUCCGCAACGCACUUGUACAUUAUAUACAUACUUAUAUAAAUUUAUAUAUUUUUUUGUAAUGCAUUGUAACUUGUUUUGUGAUAACGCACUUUCGUCAGUUGCGUAAGUUUCAUACAGGAGUUUCAAGUUAUAUAAACGUAAUUAUUUAAUUUCAGUUUAUUAGUUUUAAUGCGUUUUUUAGUUAUUAUAAUUUUAGUGUAUACGUACAUAUAUAGGUAA